CUCGGCUACCAAUGACAGACUUAAAUACAAACCAUUUGGCCUUGCGUUAUUGCAGCUUCUCUGUCUUACCUGUAGGGUUCAACUCAGGGAAAAACAUCGGUGUGUAGUCAGUUUCCGGAAAAUCAUCGUAGCCUUCCUACAAGAAAGAAAAUGGAAUCCUGAAAUCGGACUUAGCUAAACGGUCAAUCGUUUUUCAGACACUUUUUAAAGAGCAACCGGGUAGUACGACUAUACUGCUACUAACAUCGCCGAACAGCUGGAUCUUCCUGAAAAUUGGAGAGCAUCGCCAGACCUCCCUCCCUUCUGAGUCAAUGGAAGGGUCUGACAGUUUAGAGCAGAAUGGCAGUGACCAGCCAGAGUCACAGCGCAGAAGGCAGCUGGACCGCCUGGACAGGGAGGAGGCCUUCUACCAGUUUGUCAACAAUCUCAGUGAUGAGGACUAUCGCCUCAUGAGAGACAACAAUCUUUUGGGCACUCCAGGAGAGGUAACAGAGGAUGAGCUGUUAAGUAGACUUCACCAAAUCAAAGAUGGACCAGAACCGCAAAGCAACACCCCUAGUACUGAAAGUGCAGAAGAUCCAGUUGAACAACCCGAAAGCUCUGAGGAUCCUGCCAGCGGGGAUAGUCUCCUGGACUGGCUGAACACAGUGAGGCGCACAGGAAAUACAACCAGAACUGGUCAUCGUGGGAACCAGUCAUGGCGGGCUGUAAGCCAAACCAACCCAAACAGUGGAGAUUUUCGCUUCAGUCUGGAAAUCAGUGUGAACCGCAAUCUGGCUGAACAGCAGGCAGCCGCUGAAGGGGAGCAACAGUCUCCAGAGCAAUCUCCAGAAGACCCUCCAGAGCAGUCCCCAGAAGACCUUCCAGAGCAGUCUCCAGAAAACCCUCCAGAGCAGUCUCCAGAAGACCCUCGAGAACCGUCUACUGAGCUGUCUCCAGAACAGUCUCCAGAGAUUCAGGAAGUCGGAGCAAAUGUUGAACCACAGGUUCCUAUGGAGACAGAAGUAGUGGAAGAACCAGUUGUAGAAGAGCUAGCUGUCAUAGUGGAACCUGAGCCUGAACUAGAAGAGAUUGUUUCGCAAGAAGUUUUAGGAGAACCUCCCAGCUCACCUGCUGCCCUGCCAGUACAACCUCCACUUUGUCCUUCUCCACGCAGAGGACAAAGGAGGGCCCGCAGCCGUAGCCCAGAACCACGCAGGACUAGGGCACGUUUAGCCAGAAGCCGUUCCCCUCUCAACUUGGAUCAGCUUGAUGCUCUCCCUAAUCCACGAUAUGCUUAUAGCUCUCAAAGCCCCAGUUCUUCCACCGAUGCUUCUCCUGUGCCUCAAGUAGAGGGCAGUUCUCGGACUCGACAACAUGUUCUUUCCAGGCAAAGCACCACGGAAGGUGAUGUUCAGGCAUCUAGGGCUGGUGCAGAAUCAGUCGCAGAAGCCCAAACCACUGGAUCUCAGGAAGGAGAAGCUGCUGCGGGAGAAGGAGGAGCCGCAGGGCGUCGUCCCCCUACUAUUAUGCUAGAUCUCCAGGUGCGUCGUGUGCGCCCAGGUGAAUAUCGGCAAAGAGACAGCAUCGCCAGUCGAACCCGCUCACGCUCCCAAAACUCAAACAACACAUUUCUUUAUGAGAGUGAGCGUGGUGGAUUUCGUAGGACUUUCUCUCGCUCUGAACGUGCUGGUGUGAGGACCUACGUCAGUACUAUUCGCAUCCCUAUUCGAAGAAUCUCUGAUGCAGGUUUGGGAGAGGCAACCUCAAUGGCUCUCCAGUCGAUGAUUCGACAGAUUAUGACUGGUUUUGGUGAGCUUGGCUACCUCAUGGAUUCUGACUCCGAUUCUUCAGAUUCAAACCGUGGAGCAAACACGCCUGCGGACCUGGAAGCUCCUAACAACCCAGAUGCUACUGCAACUGAUGGCCCUGCUGCUGAUGUUGACGAGCAACCUGUUGCUGCUGGAGUCAGGGGAAGGACAGUUGAGACUGAUAUGGAUGAGGGCCUUUCCACUGGUCCACCUAUCUCUGGCGGCAGGGCUCGACCCAGGCCCCCUAUCAGCCUAGAGGAGCCCAGUUCACUGCCCUUCCUGCGGCUUGCUCACUUCUUUCUCUUAAAUGAUGAUGAUGAGGACCAGCCCCAGGGGCUGACCAAAGAACAGAUUGACAACCUCUCCAUGCGCAACUUUGGUGAGAGUGAUGCCUUGAAGACUUGCAGUGUCUGCAUAACAGAGUAUGCAGAAGGGAACAAGCUACGUAAGCUUCCCUGCUCACAUGAGUACCACGUCCACUGCAUAGAUCGCUGGCUGUCCGAAAACUCGACUUGCCCCAUCUGCCGCAGGGCUGUCCUAGUGUCAGCCAACCGAGAGAGUGUAGUGUAACUCUUAACAGACUUCAGGCCUUUUCUCUCAACCUAAGUAAUCUUAUAUCCCAAGUCAAUAAGAGGCUUUGAGGACGUGUCUCCACUGUUGAAAUGUAUUUCCUUCAUACCAUUUGUGAGUUUGAUCAUAAUGCAGUCACAGGUUUGAUUAGGGGUGCUUCAUACAGUGACAUCGGGACAUAUUCAGUCUCCAGUUGGAUAUUUCUUACUCCAGUCCAAAGGUGGGCACAAACAAUGCAUGCGAUUGAUCAACCUGUAGCAACCAUGCAGUGUUGCACUGUAUCAAGCCAUGCGCACAAGCAGGCCUAUAUCUCAUAAAGAAUCCUCUGAUUAUAAAUGCUGCACACCUGCAGGGUAGUUCAGGCACUUCAAAUCAGAUCUUUUGUGUUGGCUCCUAAAUGGCGCCUUAUAUACCAUUAGUUGGUUAUAGGUACUAUUCCUAGUUACACCAGUUCAGAGUAUUAGCUGUAAAUAAGCUUGUAAAAAUGAUUUUGAAUCAUACUUUGUAUCAGUGAAUUGGUUUUGGAUUGUAAAUUACCAUAUGAAAAUCUGGGUGAUGAUGGCAGUAACCCCGAAUUUGGUUUUUAAAAAAAGGUUGAAUCAGUGUACACAGUAGAAUUAUUUACAGAUUGUGAUGUCCAAAGGAUGUAGGACAUAAAUUGGUUUGCAAUUUACAGUGUGACUUGUACUCUCUUCUUGUUCACCUGAAAGAAACAAUUUGCUAUUAUGCAGUGGCAUAUAACAUUAAAAUUUUCAGUGUGUGCUGAAUUCUUUAAAACACAAUGAUGUUCUGGCAUACGCGAAACACAAUUAGGUUAUUUUCCAAAGUGCAAGUUCAUUUUGGAAUCAUUUGGUGGUGUUAUUUUCUUGAUCAUUACAAUGAUAAGGAGGAGUUAUAUGAGAAAGUAGGGAUGUCUCUCUUUGGUAAUUGACACUUAGUUGAUCUAAAGUUAUGAAUUUUCCCACCGUUUCUGAUCACAGGCAUGUUAUCAGAAAUUGAAAUAAAGUUGCUUUUGCUUUUUUCCCUUCUCUCUACACACAUACACAAAAGGAUAUUUACUUUUUAUUGUACAGUAACCAUUCGUCCAUUCAUUUGUUAGCUAUUUGCUGGAUUCCUUAUUUUUCCACUAACUUUAUGGAUUUUUUUAAAUUACUGAUUGAUGAUUUAAGUUUUGGUAUUGGCAGAGUUAAAUAACUAGGUAGACCUAAAAGGAAAUGUAGACUUGCCUUUGUCGGUCAAACCAGAAUAGUUUCAAAUACCCUUUACUGUACAAAUUACAACAAAUGUUAUUAAUCCAAAGGUUUGACUGUUGGACAUUUACCAAGUCACAUAGUUGUCCUUUAGUAAUAGCUUCAACAGAACGUUAAGACGCUUGCCCACUGUGCCCUCCUUCUGCCUCAUGAGCAAAUGCUCCAUAUCGGUGUGCAAUACAUGCAAAAGUGAAAGUAGGGAAAUACAAACCAUGAUGUAAGUGUAUGAUAUUGUUCAGAGCUGUUGUUUAUGGCUAAGAUCUUAAAUGAAGACUUAAUACCUUUUAUGUGUUGAAGUUCAUUUUAUUUUAUUUAGAAGUUCUGUAGAUUUUAAUAGCACUGUUAAUGAACGGGGACACUGGCUACAGGAAGAAGAGGGCAUCACUAUUAAUGCCAUCCUGUCAUGUUUCUUGUUUCAUUGUUUGAUGUCUUAGCCACAAUUACUACUUCCCUUUGUGGGACAUAAAAGAUUGAAUGCAAGACGUUGUUGAAUACCAUAAACAUGUAAAUGAAAUGUAUGUUCCCUCUUAGGCCAUGCUUUCAUUUUGGCCUUGUUCUGUGACCCACUCAGUGCAGUAUGUUAACUGGGUGUUAAAUGAAACUAACCGCUGAAUUAAACAAGUUGUUAUGCUAUGAAA